UUCAUCAGUUAUGACAGAGGAAACGACAAAUACAAACAACUUGUUAAACUUUGAAAUAGAGUUUGAUGAUGAAGAAUUUAAGUCUGACUUGCCAACUGUGGAAAACCCCACACUAGAAAGUAUUCUAAAUGAGACUGAAGACUAUGAGUCACCAGUGGAAGAUGACACAUCUUCCGUUAUAUCUGCUGUCCAGGCAUUUAAGGACUCAGGUGACACAACCUCCCUGUCCAGUUCUGACAGCAAUCGCACAGAUCGUAGUGCAAGAUCCAAACAGAAGAAGAAAAUUGAUAUACAACAAACAGUACAUGGUUCAGUUUUGAAACCCAACCGUUUAAAAAAUAUAGCAGCUCAACUUCACAGUGCAGCUGAGAGAGUUGAUGCAGGAAUGCCAACAGCAAUGGCUGUUUCAUCACUGAUUGCCAUUGGAACCUCACAUGGACUUGUCCUGGUGUUUGAUCCCAAACAGGUGUUGAAAUGGUGUCUAGGGAGUACCGCUGUGGGCCAGCAGUAUGGGUCAGUGUCUGCCCUCAGCUUCAACAAAGACUGCACCAGGCUUCUCUCUGGUUUUGCCAAAGGACAGAUAACAAUGUGGGAUUUGACCAAUGGAAAACUGCUGAGGACAAUUACAGAUGCUCACCCACCAGGAUCAGCUGUCCUUCAUGUCAAAUUUACAGACAGUCCAGUUUUAGCUGUGUGUAGUGACAGUGGGGGAUCUGUGUUUGAACUAGAAAUGAAACGAUUGAUUGGAGUGCGUACCUGUGAAUCAAAAUGUCUGUUUUCUGGGAGUCGAGGAGAAGUCUGUGUGGUUGAACCCCUGCACAUGAACCUUACCAUCAAAGAUCAUCCAAUGCAGGAUGUCAUGGUGGUUGCUAUGGCAACAUUAUCUAAAGUUUUGUUGGUAACACUGAGACCCCAAUUGAAAGUUGUUUUUACUCAUCCCCUUAAGGGUAGUCCCACCAGUCUCCCACUGCUUGCCUGGCAGUUUGUCAUUAUCCAGGUGUCAGAGAGGGACAGAGUCAUAGACCCAGUACUGGUGUUUGCUAGGGAAUCUACUAUCUAUUUUUACCAGGUGAUCUGUAGUAAUGCCCAGGACAUAAAAUGUACAGGUUUACAGAAGAUCAAGGUACCUUACAAGAUGCUGGCUGUGGCUUGGAUGAAUCCAAGAGUCCUGGUUGCCUUGGAUACAAAUGAAAAAAUGCAUGUCAUUGAUGUCAGGUCUGAAGAGGAGCUGGAGGUAGUGGAUGUGUCUGAUGUACAGUUGGUGUAUAAUAACAGUCACUUCAAGUCCCUGGCUACAGGAGGCAAUGUCAGUCAGGCUCUGGCGAUGGCUGGGGAGGAGGCCUGCUACCAGACCGUGGUUGGUCACAAUGGUCAGUUACUGUUGCUAGGUACCAAGGCUGUGUAUGUCUACAUGCUACGCAGCUGGAGGGAGCGUAUUGAUGUUCUGGUGAAGCGGAAUAAAUACAAUGAAGCCUUGGCUCUGGCAUUGUCAUUUUAUGAUGGUCGAGCCAAAGCCGUCAUUGGACUCAGUGGGUCCUCAAAAAUCAAAAGGGAAAUAAUUUCUAGUAUGAUGUUAGAUCUCCUGUUUGAGUACGUAGACUUGUCCAUGACAACACUGUGUCCAGAGAAGGGGAAGAUGGAGGAGCUGGAGGCUUACUAUCAGAAUAUUGUUCCUGUAUGUGUUGAUUACUGUUUACAUCUCAACAGAACUGAUAUUUUGUUCGGGAGGAUCUAUGACAGAUUUGCUGUAGACUACAUUGCCCGGGGGACAUUUCUGGAGUGUCUGGAGCCGUACAUCCUCAGUGACAAGCUUCGUUCCAUCCCUCCCAGUGUAAUGAAGGACCUUGUGGAGCACUACCAGGAUAAAAACAUGUUAGAGGGAGUGGAAUCCUGCAUAGUUCACCUGGAGGUCACAAGUCUGGAUAUACACCAGGUGGUGAAUCUUUGUUGGUCCCAUGGACUGUAUGAUGCCAUCAUUUAUGUGUACAACAAAGGCAUGCAUGAUUACACUACUCCAUUAGAAGAACUGCUGGGCAUUCUAAAACAAGCCGUCAGCACAGGGAUUCAACUGACAGACGAACAGAUAAGACUGGGGAACAAGCUGCUGGUGUACAUCAGCUGCUGUUUAGCGGGAAGAGCUUAUCCCCUGGGUGAUAUUCCAGAGGAUAUGGUGGCAGAUGUGAAGAGGAAUGUCUUUCAGUGUAUCACUCGUUUGAGGGUUAAAGAUGAUGAAUCCACUUACCCAUAUCUGAGAACACUGCUUCACUUUGAUACAAGGGAGUUCCUCAAUGUUUUAGCCUUGGCUUUUGAAGAGAGAGAAUUUAAUACUGAAGAAGGGAUACAGAAUCGUCAGAGAGUUGUGGAUAUCCUUCUACAAGUGAUGGUUGAAAGUGGGGAGUUCACUCCCACACAGAUAGGAAUCCUUUUCACGUUUCUAGCCAGACAGAUGGCCUGUCAUGAAAACACAAUCCUCGUCAACAGAGUCCUGUUUGAACAGGUCUUAGAGUUUUUAGCUAACCCUGAGGAUGACUCCCGCCAUGAGGAGAGACAGCAGGCUCUGAUGGAGCUCCUCCAGGCAGGGGGAUUAAAACAGGUGGAUGAGGAAAAGUUACUGUCUAUGGCUGAGAAUGCCAAGUUCUAUCGAGUCUGUGAGUUGCUGUAUGAAAAGAGAAGACAAUUUGACAAGAUUUUAUCCUGUUACCUGAGAGAUCCCUCAAGAAAGUAUCAUGCCUUCAGCUACAUCACCAGCAUACUGAACAGUGAAAGAUUUACAAAGGAGGAACAAGAAAGGCUAAAAGAAGAGGCUUUUAGUCACUUAGAGGAACUAGUUUCCAUUGAUUGUAAACAAGCAGCUCAGAUGGUGAUUUCUACCAUGCCCAAAAAUUUGGGAGUAGUCGCCAAUAAAAUGAAGAGUAAUCCUAAGAUUUUGUUUGAGUUCCUGAAAGGAGUGAUGUCAUACAGGGAAUCUGGUAGCAGUGCCAUACACACUGACAAACAGGUGAAUGUGGAGCCAUGGAUCCUAGAACUGUAUGUGGAUCUAAUGUGUCAGUUCAGGCCCCAAGAUGUGUAUAAUUUUAUCAAGCUUAAUGAGGGAUACAGGCUGGAACAAACACUGGGGAUCUGUAGAAAACACAAGCACUCGGAAGCCACAGCAUACCUACUGGAGAAAGCGGGGGACAUUCAGGGGGCAUUUGGAAUCAUACUGACUAACCUUCAGAACAAACUGAAGUUACUGACCAAUGAGCUGCUGACACCGGAUUCAGAGAAAGAUGUCACAGUACAGUUCCAGGAAGUAGAGACCCUUAUUGUAGUGGUCAUACAGUUGUGUCAAAGGAACUCUGGGAAAAUGGAUGAGGCUGGCCGAGAGUCUCUUUGGUUCCCUCUACUUGAGACUGUCAUGUCACCACAAAGAAAACUAAAAGAUAUAAACAACAAACAGAUUCAAGAAGAUUUCAAAAAAGCUACACACCAUGUCCUCAACAGCAUGAUGGGAUACAUAGCAUUACCCACAAUUCUCCACAAAAUCAUGCAGGAUCCUGCCUAUAGUACUGGAAAGUUUGGAGAAGUCAGGGAAUUAAUUCUAGGAAUGCUGGAAACUUAUAAUUAUGAGCAGACACUGAUGGAGACUUGUAAGAAUUUAUUGAACCAUGAUAUCCAUGUCCAUUUGAAGAAUUUAACAUCAGCGGCCACCAAAGGCUACAUUCCUAAAGGAGACAGCUGUAAUCUGUGUAGUAAACAGUUUAUUAAUCAGAACGAGAUGGAUACUGUGAUUAUAUUCAGAUGUGGUCAUAGUUACCAUAAGGGCUGUCUACAGUCCAUUGGUUCUGUUAGUGUAAUUGAUGGAGAGGAUUCCUGGAUCUGUUAUCUGUGUAGCCACAGGAAACGAGGACAGUUCCAGAGUACCAGAUUUCACCGCAGUCUUAGUAACAGGGGACAAUCCAAGGGCAAAGAUAAAAUUGCUGCAGAUCCUCAGUACUAUCAGACUCUAGACUUUAUGAAGAGCUUUUUAAAGACUCCAUCAAGGAUGGCCCUUCUUACUGAACUGUCUAAAGGAUCCUCGCCCAAGUCCCACAGAGGAUCAUCUAGUAUCUUCAAUCAAGAAAACUUCCAGCUCAAAUUAGCACCACCUCCAGCAAUGGAUUCUGUGCCAUAGACACUGACAGUUUAUUGUGUGUGUGAUAGUAAAAGAGUGCAUUUAUGUGCAAUAUACAAAUGUUUUAAUGUUGUGAAAUAAUUCUUAUUUCAUUUAUGUCCAACUGUUACCAUGUACAAUGUAUAUAUAAAUAGUGUACAUUUUCACAAAAAUCACUCAAUACAUUAGAUACAAGUAAAAUAGUAAUUA